CGCAGUGUGAGUCGCUCUAUGAUUGGCUCCCUCAGUGGUAAUUUAAUAGGAGUCUUGACUUUUUAUUGUCUGUUAUGAAGAGAAGACGCAUAUAAAGUGUGAUUUGGAUGGGAAAGAACGUAUUAUUUAAAAGUGUUUUUAAAGAAAUAAUUGGUUUGAAUAAUAUGAUAUGAUAGUUUUAGCAAAUUAAUUACAAUCAAAUGCAGCUUUUUUAAACUUGCCGUUGGUAUCUUAGAACUCUAUGGAAUUACCUUUGUUCCAUAGAACUCGAAGUGUAUGAAUGUGUCAGUUAAUGGCGUGUCGUUCAGUUUUAUACAUUAAACAAAGAUAAAGUUAAACGCGUUGAGUGGGUCCUGAUCUGCAGGGCUGAUAGGGCUGGUCGCUACACCCGGUGGGCUCGAGAUAACAGGAUCCUUCAGACCAGAAGAUACUUAAACGUUAUUUGACGCACGUUUCACAAGAGUCACAACGACCAAGACAAGAACAAGAAGACAUAAUCAAAACGUCAGCCACCACAUCCAUGGAUGAAAAGAAGCCUUCUCGUUUGUAUUUUAUCGGCAAGAAAGAAGAUCUCAUUCAGGCCAAGAGAACGACUGUAACUCUGGAUGGAAGAGACGUUCUUAUUAUAUAUCAUCAGAGAACGUUCUAUGUGGAUCUGCAGUGUUACCAUGCUGGCAGUACUUUGGAGACAGGAGAUAUUGAGGAAAUCAACAACAAGCUCUGUAUUGUGUGCCCAAAGCACAAGUAUAAGAUCACUCUGGCUGAAGGCGAGGGGUUAUACAAGGCCAAAAACCCCACGGAAGCAGUCCCUACCCUGCGGUGGUAUUCCAAAGGCAUAAAGCAAAGAGUGCACAAAGUGACGGAAGUAGACGAAGACAUCUUUGUGACGUUGUCCACUUGCCCUGGGUGGAUUGAGUCAGACUAUUAUCAGACUGAGAAGGGCAGGGCGGAACUGAGAAAAGCGCAGGAGUCGGAGGAUGGAGAAGAAUACGUGAAUGCAGAUGAAGAUGAAGACGUAUAGUCUGGAAGCAACAGUGAGACGAGAGCUUCAAAGAUCCUAAGGGAACUGCAUAAAUUAAGAUUGAUGAUUUCAGAGUCAGUCUACUUGAAUAAAACUGCAGUUUGACAUCA